AUGGUCUCGUUUUUUGGGAGGCCCAAUGAGAAGAAACGUAGUGGGGGAGAGGUUACACCCAAGGAGCUGGUGUCACAUUCUGUAGCUCACACAAGGAGGGCGGUGUCCCAACCAGGACGGCCUGUAUCGAAACGUUCUUUAGCCGCUAAGGUAGAAGAGAGGCAGUGUUCAAGUGCCAAGAACAAGAAAGAGAUCUCUUCCGCGCAUGCGGCGGGAAAGGAUGAUACAUCAUCUCCGGUUCUUCUCAAUUGUCUUUGCUGUGGAGUUUUGCUACGGUUUCCUGCCUCGAUAAGGAAAUUUCGGUGCAGUGCAUGCCAGGUGACUGUUGCUAUAGAGGAACCCGGCGUUAGCGGUGGAUUGGAACCCGGUGUGCACGUUCCGUGCAGCUUAGACAGCUUGCAAAGAGUGGUAAAAAGGUGCCACGAUGAUCUACAACGGCUAAAAAAAAGUGAGAUUUUGGAUAAAGAUAGAAAACUAUCAACUUUCCAACCGGUAACAACCUAUUUGCAGGACCGGUUUCAUGACGUUGACAUUCUAAACGAGUCGUUCUUGAUACACGACACGAAACGACACGAGAAGCUACUAAACUAUGAAGCUCUUCAAAAAUUUUACAGUCUAUUGUCGACUCUGCCCACAAGGAAACCAUAUUAUAGCAUGCUUUGUUGUUGUAACAACCUUUUGAAAAGAGUGACAGUUUAUGAAAGUAAAGAUUUGCAAAUAUCCAAAUAUCAGUGGCUGCUUAUUAUAUUGAACAUACCCACGAUACGGAGCUGCCUGAUUAGAGAUAGGAAGUGCAAAAAUGCAUUUGAAACUCCGCAAAUAAGAGCAUUGUCUUACGAAUUGGUUAAGCGGUGUAUAGGUUAUUUAUCUAAUUUAUCGACGAAAACUUCUCAACUGUUGAUUCAGGCACUACGGCGACUUUCGACAAAUGAUUUUUUAUAUCAAGUGGAAAUUUUGAACUUAUAUAUCAAUUUCCAGUUUUCCAGACUCCUUUCCAACGAAAUGGCAAACUGCAACGUGAACAACAAUAAAAAACCAGAGGAUGAGAUGCGUUCCCGUCUUCGUCGACAUCAUACCACUGGACACGAGUUCCUCAGUACGAGGCCCGUAAGUGCAGUACUAGAUGAGAAAAGGGACUCUGACUUUACACAUCCUACCAAUACGAAGAUAAAAUUCAAAGUUUAUCAAUACGAAGACAAUUGGCAUAUUACUUCUGCGACACGACUAAUGCUGGUCUAUUACACAGCUAAUACUAGAAGGAACGGCCAUAGAGCCUUGUCAAUUCAAAGCUUUUACAAUAUAACCUUGGAUUUUGUCGAUUAUAAACAAGACUUCGAUCAUUGGCGGGGAUUAGCUCAAAAGACAAAAAUGAAUCAAUUGAUUGAAGAAUGGGGAAACUCCAAGACCAAAAAAAAGUUCUCAUUCUGCAAAUAUCCAUUUGUCUUGUCACUCGGUAUUAAAAUUUCUACCAUGGAAUAUGAAAUUCGUAGAAUCAUGGAACAUGAAGCUGAGCAAGCCUUUUUAACUUCACUAGAUAAAGGAAAGUCGGUCGAUGUUUAUCUCAAAAUUAAGAUACGGCGUGAAGUUAUUUCUCAUGAUUCUUUAAGAUGCAUCAAGGCACAUCAAGGUGAUUUAUUAAAAUCAUUAAGGGUAGAAUUUGUUAAUGAACCUGGUAUCGAUGCGGGCGGUUUGAGAAAAGAAUGGUUUUUCUUAUUAACAAAGUCAUUGUUUAAUCCAAUGAAUGGAUUAUUCGUUUACAUUAAAGAAAGUUCUCGGUCAUGGUUUGCUAUCGAUCCUCCAAAUUUUGAUAAAUCAAAAAAAAGCAACUCUCAAUUAGAACUAUAUUAUCUGUUUGGAGUAGUCAUAGCAUUAGCUAUUUUCAACAGUACUAUCUUAGAUCUACAGUUUCCCAAGGCAUUUUAUAAAAAAUUAUGCUUAGAGCCUUUAAGUUUUGAAGAUUAUUCUGAAUUGUUUCCAGAAACAAGUAGGAACUUGAUAAAAAUGUUGAACUAUACAGAGGAUGAUUUCGAAGAAGUCUUUUCUUUAACUUUCGAAACCACAUAUAAAAAUAAUAACUGGAUUAUUAGUGACAAUAAAUCGACAAGAGAAUAUGUAACGGUAGAACUAUGUGAAAACGGUAAAAACAUUCCGAUAACUCAAAAAAAUAAACAUGAUUUUGUAACUAAAUGGGUGGAGUUUUAUUUAGAAGAGUCUAUUAAACCACAAUUCAACAGAUUCAUUUCCGGUUUUAAAAGAGUCUUCGCAGAAUGUAAUUCUAUAAAACUAUUCAAUUUUGAAGAAUUGGAAAGGUUAGUAUGUGGGGAUGCAGAACAGACUAAAUUUGAUUUCAAAUCACUGAGAUCUGUGACGAAGUACGUCGGUGGAUUUUCUGAUGACUCUAAAAUUGUCCGUUGGUUUUGGGAGAUUAUAGAAGACUGGGACUAUCCAUUACAAAAAAAAUUACUACAAUUUGUAACUGCGUCUGAUCGUAUACCUGCAACAGGUAUUUCCACCAUCCCAUUUAAAAUCAGUCAGCUAGGCACACAUGAUAGUAACGAUUUGCCAUUGGCGCACACAUGCUUUAAUGAAGUGUGUUUGUGGGGCUAUUCAUCGAAAAAAAAAAUGGAACAAAAAUUACUUUGGGCGGUUAAUGAAUCUGAAGGUUAUGGGUUCCGGUAG